AUGUCACCUUCGAUAACGUCUAUGAAGACCUGUUGCAUCUGGACUCAUGAUGCAACAACAAUGGACAGGCAGCUGGAGAAGUCUACAAUAUCAGGCGAGGAAACCCAGGACACGGAAACAACAACAAAGUCGGCAAGGGACGGAACAACAAAAAGGACAAAAAGGAUCUCACAUGCACAUGGUUCACCAAGAAUGGCGAAUAUGCAAAAGGCCACACGCACAAAGACUGCCGGAAACUCAAAGCUUUCAGGGAUAAAGAGAGUUCCGCUGCAUCUGGCAACAUCAACGUCGCAUCCGUUACUGCAUUUCACACAAAACUAG